CGCGGAUUGCAAAAUGGGAGCAAAUAGCUGCAAACCAUGCAGAAAAAAGAAAAAAAUCUUACCUGGAGGGUCCAUACUCGACAGGGUUAUCAGUCAAGCAUCCAACGAAGAUCAGUGUUUAUUAUAUAAACUAGCAAAUUAUAAGAAAGGUAAGAAUAAUUGGCUGAUGGCAAAAGUAUUGAAAUAUUUGUGUAAAAUUGCCCCGCAGAAUUGAUGGAUGCGAUGAUGAUAAAUUGUUCUUAGGUGGAGAAUUGAUAGAUGCUUACAAUAAGGGAGGACAAGCUGAAGUUGAAAAGCUGAUAAGAGAACAAUUUGGUCAGCUCAUGUACCAGGAUGGCAAAGGACAAAUAAUCAACAGAUCUGAGUAUUUGCGAUGGAAAUUUCGAGAUCAUGAACAGGUGGUACUUCCUAUAGAAGCGUCUCUCAGCAGAUAUGAUCCUCUCGGUAAGUGGACAGACCAUGAAGCUUGCUGGCAAAUGCAAUACCGUGGUUCUUUGGGAGAAACUCUGCUGCAUGUUUUAAUCAUGUGUGAUACUAAAAUCCACACCAGACUCGCCAGAACACUGAUAAAGUGUUUUCCGAAGCUAGCAUUGGAUGUAGUCGAAGGUGAAGAAUAUCUUGGUGCCGGUGCUCUACAUUUGGCCAUAGCGUAUAAUAAUAACGAAUUGGUCCAAGAUUUAGUGGAAGCAGAAGCUAAUGUUAAUCAAAGAGCCAUUGGUAGUUUUUUCCUACCAAGAGAUCAACAGAAACCGCGCCCCGCGAAACACACCGAAUACGAGGGAUUGGCCUACCUCGGCGAAUAUCCCCUAGCUUGGGCAGCUUGUUGCGCCAAUGAGAGCGUGUACAAUCUACUUUUGGACAGUGGGGCUAAUCCGGAUUACCAGGAUAACUUUGGGAACAUGAUUUUGCAUAUGGUCGUCGUCUGUGAUAAAUUAGAUAUGUUUGGUUAUGCCUUACGACAUCCAAAAUUACCAGCUUCAAAUGGGAUAGUCAAUAAAGCUGGUUUAACACCGCUAACAUUGGCAUGCAAACUAGGUCGAGCUGAAGUUUUUAGAGAGAUGUUGGAACUAUCAGCAAAGGAAUUCUGGCGUUACAGUAAUAUAACCUGUUCGGCAUAUACCCUGAAUGCAUUGGAUACCCUUCUACCAGAUGGAAGUACGAAUUGGAAUUCAGCCCUUUUCAUCAUUCUCAAUGGAACCAAAGAAGAACAUUUAGACAUGUUAGAUGGAGGCAUAAUUCAAAGACUUUUGGAAGAAAAGUGGAAAACUUUCGCGAGAAAUCAGUUUUUGAAAAGACUGCUCAUUCUUGUGGUGCAUCUGAUCUUCCUGUCUUUAGCGGUAUAUCUGAGGCCUGAUGACCCUGACGUUCCUCUUUUGGAAUGGACAGACGAUCCAACGACUAUUGCUCGGUACUGUUGUGAGGUUGGAACACUCCUGGGUGUUCUCAGCUACGUAAUAUUCCAACAAGGAGAUGAAAUUCGCAAUCAAGGUUUAUGGACAUUUCUGAAGCAACAAUCAAACUCUCCACCUAAAACGAUAUUUUUGAUAUCCAACCUCCUUAUUCUUGCGUGCAUACCGUAUAGAUUAUCGGAAAAUAGAAAGACUGAGGAGGCCAUCUUACUGUUCGCUGUUCCUGGUUCUUGGUUCCUUUUGAUGUUUUUUGCUGGGGCGGUACGUUUGACUGGACCAUUUGUGACGAUGAUAUACAGUAUGAUAACAGGAGAUAUGUUGACAUUUGGUCUGAUUUACUCUAUAGUGCUGUUUGGCUUUUCACAAUCAUUCUACUUUCUAUACAAAGGAUAUCCAGGAGUCAAUUCUACGCUAUAUCACAGUUACCCUUCAACUUGGAUGGCUUUAUUCCAGAUAACAUUAGGGAACUACGAUUAUCAAGAACUUGGCGCAACUACUUAUCCUGCUGUAGCAAAAAGUGUGUUUGCCAUUUUCAUGGUAUUUGUACCGAUUCUGUUGCUUAACAUGUUGAUAGCCAUGAUGGGGAAUACAUAUGCCCACGUGAUCGAACAAAGUGAGAAAGAAUGGAUGAAACAGUGGGCAAAAAUUGUGAUAACCCUUGAAAGGGCAGUACCCCAAGCAGAUGCUCACCAUUACUUGCAAGAAUACAGUAUUUCUCUGGGUCCGAGUGAAGACCCAAGUACCGAGCAGAGGGGGGUGAUGGUUAUCAAAUCCAAGAAUAAGACGAGAGCCAAGCAGAGGAAAGGAGCUGUGGCAAACUGGAAGAGGGUGGGAAAAGUGACGAUUAAAGCAUUGAAGAAGAAGGGCAUGACUGGAGAAGAGAUGAGAUGCAUGAUGUGGGGAAGAGAAUCAAUCAACACCCCUAUUAAAAUUAAAGGGCCCAAAAAAGACCCUUUGAUGAACCCCCAAGGUCCUGAUUUGACAGGCGGCUUUGGAGAUGCACUGACUGUAGCGUUAGAUGUGAUGGCCUUCACGCACGAACUUGACAUUAACGGUGCUGCGCAGGGCUUGAAUUUGGCUCAAAAUGUCAAACCGGCUUCCAAAGAUACCAAACAAAAGGAUACUCCGCCUAUUAACCAGAUAAACUUUGAAACUGGUAUUAGCUCGGAAGCAAUAACAGGGUCUGCCAUGCUAGGUGCUCUCAGUCAAUUAACAGAAUCACAAGGAUUGAUGCAACCGAGUCAAACUACCUCCAUACCGCAAGACAUUUUCACGAUUUCUUCCACAGUGACUCCAAUAAAAAUAGACGACCCACUCAAAGAACUGGUUUUAUGCUCAAGCGAUGAAACUGCCGACCCAGAGAAGUUGAAAUUUUUAGCUCAAUCGGCCGCAAAUCUGGCGAAAUUGGAGGAGGCCGAGAAGAGUCAAGGUCAAGUGACGAAAAGUGUGAAAGUUCUGGCAGGCAUUUUCACUGGCACUGAGACGUUCGUGAAGAAAGUUGAAGGGAACUUGAGGAAAAAGUACUCUGCUCUAGACCCAAGCGACAGCGAAGGUUUCGGAGAACAACCAUUGUUGGGGAAGAUAUCAAGAUCCAGACGGGCUAAAUCGGCUCAUAUUCGAAAUUCUUCAGCAAGAUCCAAAAUGUCCGACAAGAGGAAGCUAUUUCUAGAAUCGGAUUCGAGUUUGACGGAUGUCAAUGGAGCCGGUAUAGAUAAUGAUAAUUUUCAAUCAGCUGUUGAUGUCAUUGGUGUCCAAGAAGAAGAUUCAUCGAUCACAAUUUCUGAAACUAUCACAAUAAAAGGUUUCGGAAAUGGAGAGGAUACACAAGAACCUAAUUCGAAACCUGAAACGAAAUCUGUCAAACAGAAACGUAAAAAGCGUCCUAGAACUGCCAGAUGUAACAAUAGGGUGGCUCCCAUAACUGAUGGGAGACAAUGCUGGUCAGCUAAAGAUCAACUUGAUUCUGAAGGUUCAGAGUCACCAGAUCCUCUGGAGCCAUGGAGUACAAAAAAUAUUGUAAAUAUGAAUAAGAUUCUCGCCUGGGAUAAUAAUAGUCAAGAUAGUUUUUGAAUUGUUCAUGAUAAAUAAGAAGGUAUAGGUAACUUUUUUAUACCUUGGUAUUUUUGUGAUUAAUAAGAGAUUUGUUGAGAAUAAUAUUUGAAAUUAAUCAUAUAUGAUUGAAAAUACGUUCAUCAAUGAUGAUAAAUU